AUGGACCCUUAUCUGGGCAUCUUCUUCCUCACUCCCUUCUUCCAGUCCUGCUAUGCCUGGUCAGUGAAUAAUUUCCUGAUGACGGGCCCCAAGGCCUAUCUCAUCUACUCCAGCAGUGUGGCAGCUGGGGCACAGAGCGGCAUCGAGGAGUGCAAGUUCCAGUUCGCCUGGGACCGCUGGAACUGCCCGGAGAGGGCACUGCAGCUCUCCAGCCAUGGUGGGCUGCGCAGUGCAAACCGAGAAACAGCCUUUGUCCAUGCCAUCAGCUCUGCGGGCGUCAUGUACACGCUGACCCGGAACUGCAGCCUGGGGGAUUUUGACAACUGUGGCUGUGACGACUCCCGCAAUGGACAACUGGGGGGACAAGGCUGGCUGUGGGGAGGCUGCAGCGAUAAUGUGGGCUUUGGGGAAGCUAUUUCCAAGCAGUUUGUGGAUGCCCUGGAGACUGGACAAGAUGCCAGAGCUGCUAUGAACCUGCAUAACAACGAGGCAGGUAGAAAGGCAGUGAAAGGGACCAUGAAGCGGACUUGCAAAUGCCAUGGUGUGUCGGGGAGCUGCACCACCCAGACCUGCUGGCUGCAGUUGCCCGAGUUUCGGGAGGUGGGUACUUACCUCAAGGAGAGGUACCACAAAGCCCUGAAGGUGGACUUGCUGCAGGGAGCAGGGAACAGCGCUGCCAGCCGGGGUGCCAUUGCUGAGACCUUCAGUUCCAUCUCCAAGAAGGAACUGGUCCAUUUGGAAGACUCUCCUGACUACUGCCUGGAGAACAAGACACUGGGGCUGCUGGGCACGGAGGGCAGGGAGUGCCUUAAGCGGGGCAAGGCUCUCAGCAAGUGGGAGAAGCGGAGCUGCCGGCGGCUGUGUGGGGACUGCGGGCUGGCUGUGGAGGAGAGGCGAGCUGAGAUGGUGUCCAGCUGCAACUGCAAGUUCCACUGGUGCUGCGCUGUGCGCUGUGAGCAGUGCCGCAAACGGGUCACCAAGUACUUCUGUGUCCGCAAGGAGAAGAGGGAGCGGAGUGGAGGUGGUGGAGCCAGCCGCAAGCUCAAGAGAAAGCUCUAA